UCUCGCGGGAUUUCACGCGGGAUUUCUAACGCCAUACAUAUAUUACCCAGUAUGCCUCGCUCUUUCUUUUUCCGCCUCGAUCCAAGAUGCCAAAAGGAAAAAAGGCCAAGGGCAAGAAGGUAGCGCCUGCCCCUGCUGUCGUCAAGAAGCAGGAGGCCAAGAAGGUUGUAAAUCCUCUCUUUGAGAAGAGGCCCAAGAACUUUGGCAUUGGACAGGAUAUCCAACCCAAGCGCGAUCUAACACGUUUUGUGAAAUGGCCCCGCUACAUCAGACUCCAGCGCCAGAGAUCCAUCCUCUAUAAACGUUUGAAGGUGCCCCCUGCAAUUAACCAGUUCACCCAGGCUUUGGACCGCCAAACAGCUACUCAGCUUCUGAAACUGGCUCACAAAUACAGACCUGAGACCAAGCAAGAGAAGAAACAGAGGCUGCUGGCUCGUGCUGAACAGAAAGCUGCAGGAAAGGGGGAUGUUCCUACUAAAAGACCACCUGUCCUCCGAGCCGGCGUCAACACUGUCACUACCUUAGUAGAGAACAAGAAAGCUCAGUUGGUAGUGAUUGCCCAUGAUGUAGACCCCAUUGAGUUGGUGGUCUUCCUGCCUGCCUUGUGCCGCAAAAUGGGAGUUCCAUAUUGUAUCAUCAAGGGCAAGGCCAGAUUGGGGCGGCUGGUCCACAGAAAGACCUGCACCAGUAUUGCCUUCACACAGGUUAACCCUGAGGAUAAAGGAACCCUAGCCAAGUUGGUGGAGGCUGUCAAGACCAACUACAAUGACAGAUAUGAUGAGAUCCGUCGUCACUGGGGUGGUAAUGUUUUGGGGCCAAAAUCAGUGGCUCGCAUUGCCAAGCUCGAGAAGGCCAAGGCUAAAGAACUGGCCACCAAGUUGGGCUAAGUGUACUAGAUGUCUCCAUCUUUCUGUAUAUAUUAAAAAAAUAAAGUCUAAAGGUGUUUCAGCA